UUCCCCUGUCCUGAAUGACACACAGCAAGAAUGAAAAUGGUGGUCACAUUACUGUUUCCUGUGUGUGUGUAUACAUAGAUCUAGAGGUUGAGACUUAAAUUAUUGUGGUGUUCUGAGCCGUUGAGUUAAGAAUUGCGUACUUUUCUGUUUGGGACUGAAAGGAGUGGGUCCCUAACGGUUGUAUUUUUACUCAAGAUUUACAGAUCAGGAUUUUAGAGUAGGACAACUCGCUAUUUCGGCUUCGGCAUAGCCUUCUUGUCGGUUUCCCCACCAUCACUGACACACUGACACAGAGUGCUGUCUUGUCUGUGUGGUCUACUGACAAUUUUUCAAGUCAAAACACACAGAGUCUUCAGGCUUUAGUUUUUUUGUUUUUUCCCUGCCUUGUUGAUGUUUGUCCCAGCCUAGAGUCUAGAGUCUGCUUGCGAGAGAUUUUCAUUUUUAGGCUAGAAAGCGAGGGUGCUCGACAGGGCAGGCAAAUUGUCUUUUCACUUUCAAGAGUUUAAGUUUGUUCCAGAAAUAUAACAUUUAAUAACACAUAGCUAUCUAGAUCUAGAAUCUACAUCUAGUUUUACAACUAGAGAUGACAGGACAAUCGCCUCAUCAGCUUAGCUGUUGAAUGCAUCAUCAUGACCUGUCGAGUGUAGAUGUGUAGACUGUCAGUAGUCUAGUAGAAAGGUGCGACUUAUUUUAUCAUUUUUUGUGAGAUUUUCCUUCGGCAAAGAUGUCUGUUGAGGACCCUUUCUUCGUUGUGAAAGAAGAGGUGCAAAAAGCUCUGGGUGUCGUUCGGAACCUCUUUACUCGAUGGCGAGACCUCCAGGAAAAUGCAGGAGCAACAUCAAAAGAGGAGUUGGAAUACACUACCAAUGAGCUGCGCAACAGUUUGAGAAGCAUUGAGUGGGACCUGGAAGAUCUUGAAGAGACUGUCGGUAUUGUUGAGAAAAAUCCUAGAAAGUUCAAAAUAUCUGAGUAUGAACUUCAGGAGAGAAGAAAUUUUGUGGAGAAGACGAAGACCACCGUGAGGGAUAUGAAAAGUCAGAUCUCCAGUCCUGGAAAUCGUCAAAGAGAUGAUGCCAGCUUUCGACAGUCUCUGAUGGCGGCGAAUGGCCCCAAAACGCCGCAGGACAAGUACAAGCGACUGGAUGAGGAGAUGGAGUCGGCCAACCAGAGGUUUAUCUCCGACUCACAGCAGCAGCAGCAGAUGUUGAUACGUAACCAAGACGACCAGCUGGACAUGAUUGGCUCCAGUGUGGGCGUGCUGAAGAACAUGAGUCAGCAAAUUGGGAAUGAGCUUGAGGAUCAGAAUUUAAUGCUGGAUGAGUUUCAUCAUGAAAUGGACAACACAGAGACCAAAAUGGAUCAGACGAUGAAGAAAAUGGCCAAAGUUUUGCAUAUGUCAAAUGAUCGGCGACAGUGGUGUGCCAUCGGUGUCCUCUCCCUCGUCCUUCUCAUCAUCAUCAUUCUCUUCUUCAGCGUGUGAGAUUUUUUUUUCCCCUGGUGACAAACAACAUUCAUGACUGAAAAGUAUCAUGCCUAGAUAUUAACUCACUCACUACUGGCCAUUUGUGACGUGCUACGGGCAUUUUCAUACAUGAUUUAGAAAAUCACCCACACGUUGUUAUAAUUAAUCUUUGAACUAUGACAGAUUUUUUGUUUCAGAUUUCUUUUUGGACACUGCCAUUACAGUCCUUGUGAUGUUGAAAUAUUUCCCAAUAUAAAGUCAUGCAGGAUGAGAUGGUAGAACUGCACAGUAUGAU